UCUCCACUAUAAGAAGUUAGGGAAAUGAAGUCCGCAUAUACGUUCUUUCAGCUUAACAUGGUUGCCAACGCCGGAUCGGCAAGGCCGGACCGCAAGACGAUAGAAAAAAAACGAAGGAUGCAUAUGAAGUCACUCUACGCAAGGCUCAACUCUCUCCUGCCUUGCUCAAAGAAAGGGGUAUCACUGCCAUUGCCCGAGUUGCUUGAUGAGUCUGUGAGCUAUAUAAAGGAUCUGCAGAAAAAGCUAGAGCAAAUGAAGGAGACAAAAAGUCAACUGGCCGGCGGCAUGGGAUCGGAGAUCAGCACAAUUACGCCACAUUUGGACUUGAGGGAAGUUGAUGGCAGGGUUGGCGUGGCGAUUAUAACAGAUGCGCGGGAUUUGUCUGUUUUCUGUAAGGUUGUUGAAGUGAUUGAAGAGGAAGGAGGCGAGAUAUUGAGCGCUAAUGUGACGAUCGUUGGUAACAAGGCUUUUUACAUCAUCCACUCUUUGGUGGAGGAGGGCAACAGUGGUUCUGAGACGAUAAGGGUUUCCGAAAAGUUGAGAAAUAGAGUUAAGAGCAUUGUUUGAAGUGGCCCCCGCUGCUAUUACUGCUGUUUAGUUAGGUUGUGCUUUGAAUCUGGAGCGGAAGGCACUAUUUUGUUAGGCUGUGUUGUGCCUUUUUCGUUUGAUUUCGGUUCAUUUUAUAAUAAAGUUUAACCUAAAUCGUCUGCCUUUUUCAAGCUCCUGGAAAACAGAGAGAUC